UCAGCACCCUGAAGCCCAGCCCACUGCUCCGUGGCCUUCCUCUCCAGCCAAGCCUCAGAGCAGGCCUGCGUGGCAGUUGAAGGUGCAGCCUGAGCCGGGAUGGAGCCUGAGCUGGGGCCUGAGGCUGCAGCUCGCUGCCUGCAUUGGCUGGCCCUGCUGCUGUUGGGGCUCUCAGCCCUGAGCUGUUCUCUCUCCUCGCCAGCUUCUCCCCCUCCUUCUCUGGUGCCCCGAGUCAGAACCAGCUACCAUUUGGGACGGACCUUCCUCGGUCUUGAUAAAUGCAAUGCCUGCAUUGGGACAUCUAUUUGCAAGAAGUUCUUUAAAGAAGAAAUAAGAUUUGACAACUCACUGGCUUCCCAUCUUGAACUGCCUUCUGACUACUUGCCUUCUUGCCCUGCAAAUUACUCAGAUGAUUCUAAAACCUGGCGCCCUGUGGAGAUCCUUAGGCUGAUAAGCAGAUACCAAAAUGAUGUCUCAGACAGGAGAAUCUGUGCCUCUGUAUCAGCCCCAAAGACCUGCAGCAUUGAGCGUGUGCUGAGGAAAACAGAAAGAUUUCAGAAAUGGCUGCAGGCCAAGCGCCUCACUCCAGACUUGGUACAGGGCCUGUCCAGCCCCCUGCUGCGCUGCCCCUCGCAGCGACUCCUGGACCGCGUGGUCCGGCGCUACGCUGAAGUGGCCGACGCAGGCAGCAUCUUCAUGGACCACUUCACAGACCGGGACAAGUUGCGUCUGCUCUACACGCUGGCUGUCAACACGCACCCCAUCCUCCUACAGAUCUUCCCUGGGGCGGAGGGCUGGCCAUUGCCCAAGUACCUGGGCUCCUGUGGGAGACUCCUCGUCAGCACCAGCACCAGGCCACUGCAGGAAUUCUACGGCGCACCCCCUGACCGAGCAGCAGACCUUGCCUACCAGCUCCUUGGUGUCCUGGAGUCCCUAAGGAGCAACGAUUUGAACUAUUUCUUCUACUUCACCCAUGUUGAUGCUGGCAUGUUUGGCAUCUUUAACAAUGGGCAUCUGUUCAUCCGGGAUGCUAGCGCUCUGGGUGUCAUCGACAAGCAGGAAGGCAGCCAAAUCACCACCAGGACCAGAGAGAACCAAGACAUUUUUAGCUGCUUGGUUUCUGGCUGCCAAGCCCAGCCACCCUCCUGUGACACCAUCCCCGAGAAACACACCCUGGUGUUGGUGUGUCAGCAGUUGCUGCCUCAACUUCUCCAGGGGCGGUUCCCCUCCCCCGUGCAAGAGGAGAUAGACUCAGCUGUGGCUCACUGUGGGGAGAGCUCCCGCCCAGACCCAGAGGUUUUCCAGGCUGCCAGCCAACUGAAGGACAUCUUGAGGCCCCUGAGAACCUGUAACCCUACAUUUGCCUACCGCUACCCAGACUGCAAGUACAAUGAUAGAUACUGAGGAUCUGGAACCCUUGCUUGCCCAAGAGGACACUUCACCCUUUCUCCUCCCAGCCCCCACCCACUGGGCUGCUGCCAGUUUCAAAGUAGCAGCUUCAUUGCAAACAUUAUGAGAAACAUAUUCAUUUCUCAGGGACUGAGAAACACUUGAACUAGGGAAGCAAUUGUGUGGCAUAGCAUGUUUGCCCCAUUUGGCUUGGAACAUCAUGGCAGAACCAAAGGGCAGGCAUCAGAAGGCCCUGUGUGGCCACUCUGAUGGUGUCUUUGAGCCUCAAUUUCCCCUAUUUGCUACCACACUGUCAAUGAUAGUGAAAGAACAGAAAGAUGUGAGGGGCCUAGGACACAUGUUCUUGCCCCCUGCUGAGGUAGGAGAUGCCUCAGCAUUCAGGAAAGAGCCAAGGCUAAGAGAAGAGGAGUCAACAGGGGCCAGGUUAUUGUUUCAGAUCAUUGACUAAGUGGUUGUCAGGCCAGGAGUACACAGUAUGUACGUUCUUAGGGGACAUGCCUGUGAGAAAGACAAAGAGUGGGCAAGCAAAGCUCAACUCCUAAGUCAUGCUGCAGUCUGACCCCAGGGAAGAAGAGGAAGCCAGGGAAGAGAGGUUGCCAGGGUGUCCUCAAGGCAAAGCCAGCCACCAGAGGAGUCCUCUUAGUGACCCAGCUGUACUCAGUAGGCAGCAGGAACAGGUCUUGGGGAAUGUGGCCUUACAAGGGCAGAUUUCAAAGCCCAGUCCUUGGGGCACAGAGGUGGUUGUGCUCCCUGAGUGGCAGAACGUCUCACUAUAGCCACAGUCUGGGGCCAGGGCUCACCUCUGUCCAGACAUGUGGGCCAAUGCACAACUCCUUAGAGUCAAUGAGAAUUUCCAUUCAAAUUUGGCCUCCCUGGUCAGUGUAAAGCUAUUUUCUCAAGGUCAGCUAAUAGAACAUAUUCUCCUCAAUGGUUAGUUUACCUUAUACCUUUUAAAUGCAAUAUUUGUUCAUGUCGAUUGUGGACCUGCAUGUAUGCACUUAUCAGCCCCAGGAGCAGUACUGUGGCGGGUUCUUCUAGGGCUCUGCCAGCCUCCCUGCCAGCCCUCUACCCCCAGGGACCUUUCAGUCUACCUCCUCUUUUCUACCUCUGAAUCCUCACCUAUAAGGUCAGAACUUUCGGCUCAGUGGGCCUCACUAUGUAGAUGGGGAAACUGAGAGCAAGGGUGGAAGCACGACUUGCUGGAACAGUCCAAGAGCUUCCACUGCACUCUGUUUUCUUCUCCAUCAGCCUCUGACUCUCACACUCCAGUUCUAGUCUCCUGACUUGCAUUUAAAGAUGGAAUGCCCCAAACAAGUCCUAUUUUGUGUGCUGGGUUGCCUUUUGGGUUUGCCUUUUGAUUGCUUCAGACACUGCUCCGGGACAGUGAGGAUGACAGGCCAGGUUUGUAGACUAGCGGGCUUCCGUUCCCUGCCAGUCAUGGAAAUAGCUGCCUCCCCCAUGGGCCUGGGGGUUAAUGUCUGAUCACCCUUCUCACUCGCACAGUCAUAUGCCUCCUCCCUCUGCCCUGAAUGUGGUCUGUUCUCUGUCCUUCUAGGUAGCCACACUCUCUAGACCCUCAACCCCACAGAGGAAUAAGGGUUGCCACAGAGCUCCUCUGGUGUAUGAGCCAGGCUCCAGCGCAUCUCUAUAGGUCCGGGGGUUCUUCCUUUACAGGAUGCUUCCAUGGGAUGAGGAACUUUGAGUGAGGUCCCCAGGGAGUUGAGAAAGUGGUCCUUUUAUGGGACAUGAUCUAACCCUCCUUGAAAGCCUCCACUGUGUGUGCCCACUGCAUAGCCCUCCAGACCUUGCUUCCAGACCUGAGACUCUGAGGAAUAUUCUUUCAAAAUCACUGUGCAGCCUGGAGCUGCUGACCCUAGACAGGAAGUGCAGCUCCAGGCCCCUCCUGAAUCAGGAAAAAGAUUUUAAGUCCUUCUUGACAGAGUUCUGGGAGAAAACAAAGAAGAAAACCACCUAAGCAAGCACCCUGUGGCUGCUGGGAGAUUUGUUUUUAGUAUAAAUUAUAAUCAAACUCUGUAUUUGUGCAGCUGUGUUCACAUCGGCAGUACAGGCCAAGAAUUAAGGAAGGGCAGAUAGAUGUCACGUGGGGCCCACAUGUGCUUGGAAAUGGCCUAGAAAUGGUUCCCAGCUAGUGGAUUUUCACGGGAUCUGGAGGCCACAGAGUUCUUUUUCUCAUGCUCUUUCAUGACGGAGAAGACAUUUGCUCUUAUCAACAUGGCUGAAGAACACAGGCUCCAUUGAGGCACUGUCUUCAGGGGCUAUUGUCCCCCGCCACAGCCAUCUGCUAACACUCUCUGCUACUCCCUCCCUCUGGUGGACCCAGAGCAGAGCUGCCCAGGUCCAUCUUUAAGUAACACUUCUCUUUUCAGCAUGGGAAAGUGGCCAGUGGGCAGCUUCAGCUGUCAGCCUCUUUAGCCUCUGCCUCAGCCAUUCUGUGACCCAGCUCAAGGUCAUACCCUUCCUAGGACAUAGCCAUAUCUAGUGACUGGGUUUGGCCAAGAGCCAUUUAGCUAACCAAGAUACAGCUCUGGCAGGAAGUUCUGAUUCCAGAAAUCCCCACUGAGUUUAUCAGGACUCUGCUGGGCCUGUACCAUAGUCUAAAGUUACCCCACCCAUCUACUGCCUCUGCAUUCUUCUUACAGGUGUUGUAAGAAGGCUUACAGAUCCUUGUUAAACAUCUUGCACCCUGUAGUGAGCUGAAUGGAGACCUUCCCUCAAAACUAUGACUAAAUCCUAAUCCUCAGAACUUACCUGCGAGGAUUGACUCAUAAGGGAAACGAUGUGACUAAUUUAAGGGUUAUAAGAGAAGGAUUUUGUCUUGGACAGAACAGGUAGACCUUGAAUGCCACCUCAUGUGUCCUUAUAGAGAGAGAGAGAGAGAGAGUUUGAAGACAGAAGAGGAGUGAUAUAAAGAUUGAGGCCAAGAUUGAGGUGAUUUGGCCACAAGCUAGGGAAUCCAGCUUGCCACCACAAACUGGGAGAGGCAGGAGACAGAGUGUCCUCCAAAGUGCCCAGAGGAGCGUAACCCUGAAUUCAGUAUGUCCUCUGUCCUUCCAGUUGGAUUUCACAACACUUUGAUCUCAGCCCAGCAAACAUAACCUCAGACUUCUGACCUCUAGAACUGUGAGAAAAUAAAUCUCUAUUGUUUUGAGCCACACACCUUGUAGUAAUUUGCUAUAGCACUCAAGAAACUGAUACACACUCUGGUGUCCAUCUUAGUAUGUGCUUCCAGAGAACCCAUGUUGCAACCCUUCUCAACUCCAGUCUACUGUGUUUCAUUCAAAAACAAAGCCUGACAUGGAGGAGUGCAUGCUGCAUCCUUAUCCAAGACUGAGUGUCUUUCCUGCAUUGACAAGUUUCCAUGCAUCAUUGAAGACUCUCUGGGUCUUAUCCUGACCCUGAGUUUUGCUUAACAAGAAGUCUCCAGAGUCUUUUGUCUGAACUUCUGGGCCACAGGUCUGUAUCCCAUUUGAAGCUAUUCCCAAGAGUAACCCAGAACAAUCUAUGUCCUACCCUCCCAUCCAGUUGGAAGCUUCUCAAAUGUGGCACUCUGUAUUCCCAUAGCAACACAGCAUAGGACACAAAGCAGAUGCUAAGAAAAUGUUCUUACUAAGGACAAUAACUGUGCUCCUCGCCCUUUUCACUUAACACUGUUCAUAGAUUAUACUGGCUGUGUGCAGGAAGGACAGAGCCACUUCCCCAAGAAUAGUGCCCACCAGGAGACAGGUGAGUCAACACUCCAGUGUCAGAACAAGAUUAAUAUCUUGUGUUCUCUGUCCCCUAGAAUUUGAUUGGAGGCAUUAAAGUAUUUUUCUCUUUUUCCAAGUACAAUACUGGGGAUUGAACCCACAAGACUUCUACCCAUAAGCUAUAUCUCCAACCUUUAAAAAAAAAAAAAGUUAACAGAGUCCUUUGCCCAGUCUGGCCUCAAAUUUAUAAUCUUGCCUCAGCCUUCUAAAUAGCUGAAAUUAUUAGUGUUGGCCACUAAACCUGGCUUAGAUUUACCUUUCUUUCUUUCUUUCUUUCUUUCUUUCUUUCUUUCUUUCUCUUCUU